CGCCGUCCUCAAUUUUCGAGCAAAUUUGGUUCACAUCAAGAACAUAAACCCCACAAUGCGGUUCCUCUGUCUACACGGUGCUGGCACCAGUGGAGAAAUCUUCGAGAUCCAGGCUGGUGGAAUCACCUAUGCCCUAGAAAAGAAAGGCCAUACAUUCACUUUCGUCAAUGGACGAAUUGAAAGCGAGGGUGAAGCCGAUAUUAAAGAUGUCUUUGACGGCCCUUUCUAUAGCCACUACCCGCGCGCCACCAAGCCAGGCGAAGACCUGGCCCGAGCCAUUGCCUACGUCCAACAAAUCAUCGACAAAGAAGGUCCCUUUGACGGUGUCAUGGGCUUCUCGCAGGGCUGCGCACUAGCCAGCGCAAUGAUCAUGCAGCACGCCAGCACCUCAAAUACCCCGCUGUUCAAGCUGGCGGUGUUCAUCUGCGGCGCUGCCCCCUUCGACCCGGCGGGCAUGGAGCUGGUCGAGCCUACCCCAGGAUCGUACCCCAUUACCAUUCCCACGACGCACAUUGUGGGAAAGCAGGACGCGCUGUACCCGCACAGCAUGAAGCUGUACCGACUGUGCGAUCCGACCAAGGCGGAGUUCUACGACCACGGAUCGCGGCAUCUGGUGCCGUUUGAUGUCAAGAAUACUGAGGCGAUGAUUGCGGCUGUCGAGGCGUCAAUCCGGAGGGUUUUGGUGGGGUAAAUAGAGAGGUUGUCAUUUGGAUUUGCUUACAAUUAAGUUGGAGGGAGAGGGGAGAAACAAAUAUUCGAUCACUGUUACCACGAUCUGAG